AUGGCAGCUGAUUUUGGAAAUGUGAGUUUUUUUGGAGUAGAAAAUUUGAAUUCUGCGUUUUGCCGGCAAAAAUGACACGUCAUAAGGCGCGAAAAUCAUGUUUAAAUACAGCUUCAACCGAUUUUUCGCAUUUUAGAGAUUUUUCGAGAAAAACUCAAAUCCUCACCAUUUUUUCGCCAUUCCUCCGCCAUCCCCCAACAAUUUAUUGCUCAUUUUAACCAUUCUGCAAAAAAAAUCAUUUCAAAUAAGCCUUUUUCAGCCAAAAAACAGAAAAAAGAAAGUUUCGAGGAAAAAUGGAAAAAAUAAAUAUUUGGCCGAGGAAAGUAGUGGAUUUCUAGGCCACGGCCACACACUUGUCAGCGUUUUUUCAAACUUUUUGUUUUUUCACCCAUUUUUUACGUGAAAAACACGUUUAGGAGUGAAAAUUACAAGCGUGGUUAGAUUAGAGAAGCAGAGUAGGUGAGAAAGUGUGGAAAAUGGAGAGAGCUAGUUAGAGAAGCAGAGGAAAACGUAUAUUAUAUUUAAACUUUUUUUUAAAUGAUAAAAUAUUUGUUUUUUUUUUUCAUCUUGUAUUUUUUACCGCUUAUUGAGUUUUAAACAAUUUUUUGGCGCGAAAAUUCAAAUUUCAAAUCUUCAAAUUUUCCCGCCAAAAUUUUGUGACGUCAUAGCUCUCCAGUUUUCCCGCCAAAAAUCCCUUUUUUCCACGAUUUUUUCCAUUUUUUUUCCAUAUAUAAAUAAAGAAAACAGAAGCUUAAGUGGUUUUUCCCAAUUUUUGGCGACAAAAAUUUUCAUUCUCUCACAAGACGAGAGAGUGGGAGAGCGCAGAGAGUGCAUAGAAAAUUCCCCAGGGUGGUCCGCAAAGGAAGAAAAGUAGUAGUAGGAGUACAAUUAGCAUAAAUCGACGCAUUCACCGUCUGCUUCUCUGCACUCUCUCCGCUCUCUCGCCACUUGUUCGCUUUCUGCUCUGCGCUCUCUUCUUUCUCCAUACUCUCUCGUCGCGACGGAGGAAUUCUGAAGAAAAGAAGAAGCUUGGGCUUCUUCUUUUUCAUUUUCACCACUUUUUUUCUGUUUGGUUAGAGCCGAAAAUGAAUUUUUGAAGGCUUUUGGGGAGAAAAUUUUGAAUUUUAAAAUUUUCCCGCCGUUUUUUUCCGAGAGAAGUACACAGAUUUUUUGGCAAAUUUUGAAAAACGUCAUUUUUCUGCGAAAAUUAAUUUUCCACUCGAAAAAACUUCCGAUUUUUCUCUCAUUUUCCGCUUGCUUCUCAUUAAUAUUUCACUGAAUUUGACAUUUUUUUGAAAAAAAAUUUUUUUUUUACUUUUUUUUCGAAAAAAAAGAUGGAAAAGACUUUUUUGAAAUUGAAUUUGGCUCUGUUCGAAAUUGGAUUUUUCCGGGAAAAUUCGAUUUUUUGCGGGGGGUUCAAAAGGUUUUGGCACAGAAUUUUUAAAUUUCUAAUUUCGCGCCAAAAAAUUUCAAAUUUUUCAUUUCUGGCUCCCCCAAAAAAUCUGCUAUUCAUGAUUUUUUCCCAUUCCCAAAUUGAAAAAUGAGAUUUUUUUCUUCCUGAACAAAAAAACAAAUUAUUUUUCUGUGUGCUCCGUGAGCCAAAAUAAAUUUCUCAAAUUUUUUCAGCUCCGCUACCAAUCGGGAUUUGGCAACGAAUUUGCUUCCGCUGAUCCACGUGUUCCGGACGCGCUUCCGGAAGGACAAAACUCGCCGCAGGUUAGUUUGGGGGGGGGGGGCGGAAAACCGGACUGCAAGGCGUACUGUAGAUCAAACUGCAAAGAAUUCCUUGAAUUUUCCAAACUGCAAGGGAUACUGUAUAGGUUUCUUGUUGGAUUUUUCAAAUUUUUCUGUAGUUGUUCUCCGAACUGCAAGAUUACUGUAGCUGAUUAUAAUGUUAAUGUCUCUGCUGCAAAUUUUCUGAAUUUUCGAAACUGCAAGGAGUACUGUAGAGUAGAAUAUUGGGCUACUACUGUAACUCAAACUGCAAAGGGUUCGGAAUUUUCAAAUUUUUCCCGGACUGCAAGGAGUACUGUAGAGCCCACAAAAAAUGAUUUAUUUUUCUCACUUAUCCCCUCGAAUAUUUCGAACACAUUCUCAACGACGACAUCAAUUGAACCGAGACACAAAAUGGAAAUCCGGGUUCACAAUCGGCUGCAGUUCGGCAUACUUUAAUUGGAUAAUUAAAGUUGGCUGUGACUGAAACUGUAGCUGAAAAUAAGCAAAGAAGGAAUAUUUUGUAGAGCAUUUUUGUGAUUCGGAUGAAUAUUUUUGCGAACUGCAAGGAGUACUGUAGCCACGCGGCAAUGUUUAAUAAUUGAUCGAAUUAUGACCACUAGUGUGGGAAAUGUGUUCGAACUGCAAGAGAUACUGUAUACAUCAGAAUUUUCAAACUGCAAAAAGUACUGUAGAUAUAUCUCUUCACGAGGACUAGUUUAGAUCCUUCUAAUUUUGCGAAUUUUCCGAACUGCAAGGCGUACUGUAGAUCUAAUCUUCUAGCUUAAACUGCAAAGUUGAGGUACUGUAGACUACUUUUUUUAAAUAUCAAACUGCAAAGGGUACUGUUUCAAAUUUUCCCGACUUCAAGCAGUACUGUAGAACUGCAAACAUUUGUGUAGCUUCUCGAACUCUCCAGACUGCAAAACAGGAAUUAAAAGGAUAACAUUUACUUUCUCAAACUGCAAGGGGUACUGUAGAUCAAAUAUAGACUUCAAGAAUGCAAAUUUUCGAGUACAUAACUGUCGAUCAUUGAUUUUCCGGACUGCAAGAGGUACUGUAGCUCCAACUUGAAAUGCAAUAUUUCAAACUGCAAAGAGUACUGUAGCUAGCAGAAAAAAAAAACUUUGCAAAUUUGUUUGCAAAAAAUAAUCAAAUCAACGUGCAAAACCCCUUAAAAACCCAUAGCACGCCUCAAUUUUGGUCACGAUUGAGAAAAUGAUGUUCUUUAAAAGUCUCUUCGCGCUCUUCUUGCUCCAAUCAAUGGCCGUCGCUCAAUACGGCGAUAAUCGCUGCAGCAAAUCUGCGGAUUGCAAGCGUCCGGGAGAAAUUUAUUGGGCACCAUUCGCACCAAAGAUGCCAUACUGUCGAGGACAUCCCAGUGAGCAGGAACUUCUCUAUGGAAGAAUUGUGCGUUAAUAAAUUUUUCGCCACGUCAUGAAACCAAUAAACCAAUCAUUUCUUCAUUCACCCAAAAGUCUUUCCGCAUCACCAGCAACUGCUAAAUUAGUACAAAUCCCACGACACUUCAUUCCGGACGGACAUUCCGGAGCGUAGACACAAGUUGGAGCAGUACGCGGAAAGACGUCGGAAGAUGCGUAGCUUGUCACAGCCAUGAUGAGUAUGAGGAUGGUUUUGAAAUGCAUUUUUGUGACAGAGGACGAAGGGGAGAGGGGUUUUGUAGGGGAAAUUUUUGAUUUGAUUAUGAUGUGGCUUGGAAUGCGACGCGGUCACGCGUCGCGGUUUUUCACAUAGAGCUUGAAAUGGUCCUAAAAACCUAACAAAAUACUUGAGCCUAAGCCUAAAAAAGUGAUUAAGCCUACGCUUAAACCUAAUGAAGUGGCUAAGCCUAAGACUUAGCCUAAGGAAGUAGUUAGGCUUGAGCCUAACACGAUGGUUAAACCUAAUGAGAUAGUUAAGCCCAAGUUUAAGCCUAAGGAGAUGGCUAAGCCUAAGCUUCAGCCCCCUACCCCUUUCCACUUUUUCCAAAAGUUUUGUGCAGGUUGCGAGCUGACGUGGAACACGCGACGCAUGACCGCAACGCAACCCUCCCUGCACAAAAUGGUUGAACCUAAACCCAGGGAGCAAUUGUGAGAUGCUCAAUCACGAAACAUCAAAGACUCUAAACAUGAAAUGAAAAAUUCUUUAUAACCACAGAUUAUGCACAAUAUCCACGGAAUAUAUGACUAGCUCCUCUACAGUGUUUUCCGGGUGGGCAGUCCGAAUCGUACUCACAAGCAUUGACAUAUGUCAAGAAGACGACGAGAAGAAGCAAAAUGUUGAAGCGGAGCAUUUUCGAAUCGGAAAAUUAUUGAAAAUGCGUUGAGGACGGCUGUUUUAUAGGGAAACUAUAAUUGAUUCGAUCAAAAUACUUAUCGAUGUACAUAUUUCGAAUUCUCACGAACACAGUUUUGUGUAAGCAGUGUUGCGUUGCGGUCAUGCGUCGCGUGUUUCACACCAGGCUUGUUAAUCUUUCACUUAAGGCUUAAGCUCAAGCUUAACCUAAUAAUGGUUAAGCCAACGUGAAACACGCAGCGCAUGACCGCAACACAACCCUCUCUUCACAAAAUUGUGUUCGUGAAAAUUCAAAAUACAUCGAUUAGUAUUAUGAUCAAAUCAAUCAGAUUUUCCCCCAUAAAACCAUCCUCCUCAACCCAUUUUCUAUCAUUUUCCGUUUCGAAAAUGCACCAACUCAACAUUUUGCUUCUUCUCGUCGUCUUCUUAACAUAUGCCAAUGCUUGUUGGGAGAAUGCGCAUUGCCCAAGUGGACAACGUUGUAGAGGUUCCUUAAGUGAUGGGAUAAUGAUACCGGGACAUUGUGGAUAAUUCGUGGAUUCAUAAAGAUUUUUUCAUUGCAUUGAAUGUUUAUUAGAGCGUGUUUGCUGCUUGUCUUAACUAUGUUUCUUUGAAAGGCUAUGCCUUAACGUUUAAUUUAAUUUUACAAAAAAAGUUGUUAAGCUCUGUCCUGGUUAAUUCUUCUUAACAAGUUGUUAAGAGCAUUUUUGAACUUGGCAUUAAACAUUUGGGAUUAAACACACCCUAAACUUUAGGGUUAUUUCUGUUCAUAUUCGUAGGUAGCUGUGUUUAAGCUUAUACUCUCAGAAUACGCGCCGCAUGACCGCAACGCAGCCACGUUUCACACAAAAUUAAAAAUGUUGUUUUGUCCGCGACGCGUGCGCGUCGCGGUUUUGACAGAAACUCUUUGUUCUCUUGUUUAAUAGCUAGGUCUAAUUCUGUAUUAGGCCUAGGCCUGUAUUAGGCCUGUACUAGGCCUAAAUAUCAGAUCCCCUGGGCUGCUCAAAAAAAAAAAACUUCCAAGUGUUCUUUUGAAUGUGAUUGGAUGGGUUUUUUAUGGGAAAAUCUUGACUGCUUUGUGUUUUUCUGCAAACUUUUAUAAACAAAAUAUUGGCUGCGUAUCUUUUGCAUUUGAUACUCAGUCAAAGAGACUGUUGAGCAUAUUAGCUAUCUACAUUACUCAGCUAAGAGAAUUGGCUGCGUACAUUUGAUACUCAGUCAAAUAAUUAGCUCUCGGGGUUUUUAUCCGGAAAGAUUAUCUCAAAACUCGCUGUCAAAUUGACUGCGUAGCUAAAUUAGAUACUCAGCUCACUGAAAUAGAUUUGGCUGCGUACCUAUUUAAAUUAGAUACUCAGUUAAACAUAAGGGAAUUGACUGCGUAUCUGAGCUAUCUAAAUUGAAUACUCAGCUAACUUCAAGAAAACUGACUACUCACCUACUUGUACAUUGAAUACUCAGCGAACCCAAAGAGAAUUAACUGCGUAUCAAAUCACAUUUGAUACUCAGCUAUGAAAAUUGGCUUCGUGUGAACCCCCGCCCCCCCCCCUUCUUCAAAGUGUGUUUUUUUUUCAGAAAUGCCCGCACGGUCUGUACGCCGAGCAACUCUCCGGCACCGCAUUCACCGCGCCACGUCACACCAAUCAACGCAGUUGGCUCUACCGUAUCCGUCCCUCCGUCAUCCACACACCAUUCACUCCACUGAACAACCAAGAUGUUUUCGCCAUCGACACAACACCAACACCCAAUCAAACCCGCUGGAAUCCCUUUCCGCUCCCCUCCAAACACGAGCGCAAAGAUUUUGCUGAUAACAUUUACACGGUGGCCAAAGGUGGAAGUGUUGGUGCGAGAAGUGGGCUGGAGAUCCACGUGUAUUCGUGUAAUGCGUCGAUGGAGAAUCGGGCGGUCUACAAUUCGGAUGGUGAUUAUUUGAUUGUGCCACAACAGGGCGUGUUGGAGGUGAAGACCGAAUUUGGCUUGAUGAGAGUUGAGCCGUUGGAGAUUUGUGUUAUUCCACAAGGUGAGCCUAAACCUAAGCCUAAGGAACUGCCUAAGCCUGAGCCUAGGGAACUGCCUAAGCCUAAGCCUAAGGAACUGCCUAAGCCUGAACCUAACCUCAGCCUAAGGAAAUGUAUUAACCGAAGCCCAAGGAACUGCCUAAGCCUAAGAGAUUGCUUAAGCCUAAGCCUAAACUUGAGCCUAAGACAAGCCUAACCUAAGCCUAAAGAAAUGCCUAAACCUAUGCCUAACAAUAAGUAAAUGCCUAAGGAACUGCCUAAGCCUAAGGAAUUGCUUAAGCCUAAGCCUAUGCCUAACAAUAAGUAAAUGCCUAAGGAUCUGCCUAAGCCUGAGGGACGGCCUAAGCCUAAGCCUAACCUGAGCCUAAGACAAGCCUAACUUAAGCCUAAGGAAAUGUAUGAACCUAAGCCUAAGGAACUGCCUAAGCCUAAGAGAUUGCCUAAGCCUAAACGUAAAGGUACACCUAAGCCUGAGCCGAAGCUUAAGAGUACUAAGUCUUCAGGAGUGCCUAAGCCUUAUAGAUUGCUCAAGCCUAAAGAACUGCCUAAGCCUAAGAUAAUGUCUAAACGUAAACCUAAAGAACUACCUAAGCCUAAGACAAAAAAAAUCCUUGUAAGCCUAAAGAAGUGCCUAACCCUAAAGACUAAGAGACUAGAUUGCUCAUGUUGGAUAAUAAUGAUAAACAUCUACUAACUAAGCAUUGCUCAGGUUAAAGACAAGCUCACAUAGUUUUUUUCCAGGAAUCCGUUUCUCGGUCAACGUCUCUGGCGAGUCUCGCGGCUACAUUCUCGAAGUCUACGGAACCCACUUCCAAAUCCCCGACCUCGGUCCAAUCGGAGCCAACGGUCUUGCCAAUCCCCGAGACUUUCAAACUCCAGUCGCCUGGUUUGAAGAUGUCGAUGUUGAGAAUUUCGAGAUCUUGAACAAAUAUCAGGGACAUUGGUUUAAAUCUGUUCAGGUAUGUACAAAUUUUGCAAGUGCGCUCUAUUGAACUAGUAUUGAUUUUUUUUUGAAGGAUCACAGCCCGUUUGAUGUUGUUGGAUGGCACGGGAAUUAUUGUCCAUACAAGUAUGAUUUGCGGAAAUUCAUGGUCAUCAACACGGUGUCUUUUGAUCAUUGUGUAAGUUUUGAGGGCGGGGGGGGGUUGCUCAGGUUACCAGUUUGAGGAGGAGAGGGCAUUGCUCAUAUUAAACUUUGCUGAAGGAAAAUGAAAUUUUGUUGAAGGAAGAAUUUUUUGAGCAUUGCUCAGGUUAAACUCUUGAAAAACAUAGUAUUGCACAGUAUGUAUUUUUUCGAAAAUAAAUUUUUUAAGAGAAAAAAAGGACCUCCCAGAAAGAAAAAUACAAAUUUGUUAGAAAAUAUAGUAUUGCUCAUAUUAAUCAAAAAAAUCCUACGUUCUUUACAAUAAAAAUAAGCAUUGCUCAUAUUAAUUUCGGAACCUUUCAUCCUUCUUUUAAAAAAUCAAAGAAGCUUAAUGAACUACCUAAGCCUAAGCUUAAAAAUUUAAAGAAGCCUAAGGAACUACCUAAGCCUAAGCUUAACAUUGCUCAUAUUAUCCCAAAUUUCCAGGACCCCUCAAUCUUCACCGUCCUCACCGCUCCCUCUCUCAAACCCGGCACAGCCAUUGCCGACUUCGUCAUUUUCCCACCCCGCUGGGGAGUCGCCACCAACACAUUCCGCCCGCCAUAUUUCCAUCGGAAUUGUAUGAGCGAAUAUAUGGGUCUGAUUGCCGGAUGUUAUGAGGCUAAAGAGACGGGAUUCCGGCCGGGUGGCGGAAGUUUGCAUUCGAUUAUGACACCGCACGGUCCGGAUGCACUGUGUUUUGAAAAAGCGAGCAAUGAGGAAUUGAAACCGCAACGAGUUGCUGAGGGAACUAUGGUAAGGGCCUUGCGGAGGAGGGAUACUAGAGUUAGAAAAUUAAUUUUGACUUGUCUUUAACAUGAGCAAUGUUUGUCGAGAAAUAUGGUCCUCUAGGUUCAGACUAAAUUAAGGUAACAUUUUUUAGCUUAGGCUUAUGUUAGGCUUAUGCUUAAGAAUUUAUUUUAGGCUUGGGCUAAGGCUUAGGCUUAGAAACCUAUUAGGCUUAGGCUAAGGCUUAGGAAUUUACUCAGGCGCAGGCUUUAGGCUUAGGCUUAGGCAGUUCCUUAGGCUUACAAGGGAACCUUUUUUACUCAACACUUCAAAUCAUGAUGAAAUUUGGUUUAUGGACAGCUUUUUGGGCCAUAAGAACACCCUAAAAAUUUUAGUCUCCCAAUGGACCUCUGAGCCAAGUUCUGGGCUCUCAAAAACUCAAAAAAGGCCUAAAAAUGGUCAUAAAAGUCAUCAUAGCUCCAUUUCAAAUUUUUUUUGAGAGAAAUGAAGUUUCAGAUAUUGAUCAGCAUAGUCGAUUACCUAAAAGUACAUAAAUAAAAAAUUUUAUUUCGAAAAAUUUUGAAGUUUUUUAUUUUUGAGCUGAAAAUUCAUGAAUUUUUUGACUGAAAAUUCAUCAUAUGUGCGUUCUUCUUUUUUUCAAAAUCAAAAAUUUUUCUGAAAAUUUGAUUUAUUGAUGCUUUUUGGGUAAAUCGACCACGCUGAUCAUCAUCUGCUACUCAGUUUUUCAUAAAAUUGAUUGAGAAUUGAGUUAUGACGUAUUUUAUGAGCCAAUUUUGGCAAUUUUCGAACUUCUGAGAGCCCAGAACUUGGCUCAGAGGUCCAUUGGGAGACUAAAAUUUUUAGGGUGUUCUUAUGGUCCCAAAAGCUGUCCAUAGACCAAAUUUCAUCAUGAUUUGAAGUGUUGAGUAAAAAAGGUUCCCUUGUAAGUCAUUUUUUUUGUGUUGCAGAGUUUCAUGUUCGAAUCAUCUCUCCAUCUUUUCAUCACAAAUCGCGCCAAAAACGAAAAUAUCGACGUGGAUUAUUGGAAAGAUUGGCAACCGAUCAAGAAACAUUUCAAACUUCCAAAAUAA